GCGAGGGGAGGAGAGGGGAUCUGACGUCAGGUCGCGAGGUGCUUUCCAGCCGCGAGCUGUCAGGCGGGUGUCAGACCCGGCAGGUACGCGGCGCGUUCCCCCGGCGCCCCCCGCCCCGGCCGGGUCGUCCCGCACCCCACCGAGGCCGCGUGGGCCGGAAAGCCGCCAGGGAAGGCUCCUCAGAGGUCCAGCCUAGCCCCUAGGCACCAUGUCGGACAGCGAUCUAGGCGAGGAUGAAGGCCUCCUGUCACUGACUGGCAAGAGGAAGCGCAGAGGAAACCUGCCCAAGGAGUCAGUGAAGAUCCUCCGCGACUGGCUGUACCUGCACCGCUACAAUGCCUACCCCUCAGAACAGGAGAAGCUAAGUUUGUCCGGACAGACCAACCUCUCGGUACUGCAGAUAUGCAACUGGUUCAUCAAUGCGCGGCGGCGCCUUCUCCCUGACAUGCUUCGGAAGGAUGGCAAAGACCCUAAUCAGUUCACCAUCUCCCGCCGUGGGGGGAAGGCCUCAGACGUGGCUCUCCCCAGGGGCAGCAGCCCCUCCCUGCUCGCUGUGUCUGUUCCAGCUCCCACCAACAUGCUCUCCUUGUCGGUGUGCUCCGUGCCGCUCCACUCAAGCCAAGGUGAGAAGCCAGCGGCGCCCUUCUCACAGGUGGAGCUGGAAUCCCCCAAGGCCCUGGUGACCCCUGGUAGCACGCUCACCCUGCUGACGAGGGCAGAAGCUGGAAGCCCCACGGGUGGACUCUUCAAUACGCCACCACCCACACCCCCGGAGCAGGACAAGGACGACUUCAGCAGCUUCCAGUUGCUGGUGGAGGUGGCGCUGCAGAGGGCUGCUGAGAUGGAGCUUCAGAAGCAGCAGGAUCCAGCGCCACCGUUACUACACACUCCGCUGCCUCUGGUCUCAGAAAAUGCCGAGUAGGCGCCUGCUCCCAGGCGGCUUGCGGUUCAGGCCAGCUGUCCCAGGUUCCGGGUUCACUUCCCUUUCACACCGAGGGUUAUCUAUGUACGGAUCACUGCCAAGCACCAGGCUCAUCUGUCCAGAGGUCCUCAGCAGAAAGACGCCAGCUGAUGUCGCUGCACUGCACUGUUACAGGGCCUGUACUCUGCUGAGUGCUAUUCCUUCAGGCGUCCUCUCCAAGGAAAUGAGGCACCAGAGCCAGGCGUAGUGCUGCUGCUGCUGCUGCUUCUCCAGAGAGCCCUGGGGCGCCUGCACUCCAGCCCGCUUUCCUAGGCAGGCUCAGGAAAGCUGCCAAGUUCAGACGUGAGCUGGGUCCAAGCCGCCCCUAAGCUGCGCCUCUUUUGGUCGAGCCAGGUGUGCACAUUCCAACCUAUUCAAAGGACAAAGGAAACACCCAGCAGAUGUCACAGAUCCGACUCCAGUUGAAUGUUUAGAUUUUUGCUAAAUUGUUUUAUUUUCCUUUUGCUGUGGUUUGUGUUAAUGGCAGUAGGUAGCCCAGAAGCACAGGUGUGGGGAGAGAGCACCUUACGUGGUGGGUGGAGCUUGCUAAGUGGGGUAAUCUACAGCUGCACAGGAUGAUUGUAUAAGGGACCAGCAGAACUCUGCAGUAGUGCUGAGUUCAGACUAGAGUGGUUGUUAAAUUCUUGGUUUGGUUUACCCUAUUAUAAAAGACAGAAGGAACAUGUCCACAGGUGGUGGGUUAUUUGCACCAGACACAGGAGGGGAUAAAGCCACAACCACGACCAGCAAACCAGACAGCCAUUUAGACACAGCAGACACAGAUGAUAAAACCAGAGACACUUGCUUCUAUUGUAUUUUGGGGUGGUUAAGCUAGACUGAAACAGUUUUGUUUUUCUCUCUGUUCUGGGUAACUCCCCGACCCAUGCCCACCCCUCAGCACCCCCCCCCCUUUUGUAGCUUGUUUUGGAUUUAUUCUGGAGCUUGGCGGGAAUGUCAAGUGCCAGCAUCUCCUACUUGGGGAAGAGUGAGCCAUCUGCUGGUCAGGAGGCCCUUCAGACAUUCCACUGUCCACAAAGGCAGCUGACACCUUCCUGGAGGAGAGAGGCUAGUGCGGCUCCAACUGGCCCAGCGCUGUGUCUGUUUCACCUUCCUUCAAGUUGCGAUUGUGAGGGCCUGCCUGUCUACAUUUCCCGGGGAAGCAGACCACACUUGGUCUUAAUCUCUUCCCUUGUCCCUGUUUACUUUGCUUAGUUUUCAGCAGCAGUAUACCCCAUCGUUAUAUAUCCUAAGAAACACUAAUCCUAGAUUUUUAUUAACCCAAAUAUUUGUGUUCCGAAUAACCAGAAGAUGUGAGGAGCCCUGACUGUAAUUUCCUGGAGUUUACCAGGAUGCUGACUGACUUGCAGUGCCUGUCCCAGAGGAAGGCAGAAGCCCACUCUGGCCUUUCUAGGGAGCCCCUGAUGUUUACCAGGCUUCCAUACCUCUCCUGAGUGGCUUCGCCCAUCCCUUGCUGUGCCAGUGGGCGUGGCAGAUUUGCUAUUUGUAGGGACUGCUUUCCUAGACCCUGCCUGUGCCCCUGGCUUCCUGUUCUCCAGGAGAUCAGUGGGUUUGGCUGUCACCCUGAGGCACUGCUGGGAAAGAGCAUUUGUGCUCUGCCCACUUCUACCCCACUUGUCUGAGAUCCUGUGAUUGUUGCAGUAUGCUACGGCAGGGGGUGAUACGAGGAGGAGGGGUUUUUCCCCCCACAGUGCACUGAGCAGGGGAGGAGGGUGGGAGCCAUGCUGCUGACAUAUUCUGGCAUUCCCCCUCCUGGAAAAAAACAGGGCAUCUGAAGGGUAGAGCAGUCUCUGCUUAGGUUGCUUGUGAGAUAAAUCUGGAGAAGCACGGUUGUCCCAUUGAACAAUAUUUGAGCAAAAAACUACUGUAAAUAACUGGUUUUUGUCUUUUGUUAAAUAAAUUGUUUUGGUUUUUAUGUUUAAAGUCAAAA